AUGGCGACCGUACGGGGAAAUAUGGCAUCGCCUUCUGCCGAUGCAUCGAUUUCUUCGGUGGCGGCUGAUUCGUCGGGCUUGGUGAUGGCUGUUUACAACAAUUUCACCGGCUUCACAGCUAUCUUGGCUCUCUUGAUGCUACUUAUCGCCUACGAUCAAAUCAAAUACAUCUGGCUCAAAGGGUCGAUAGUUGGCCCGAAGUUCAAAAUUCCAUUUAUGGGACCAUUUCUAGAAUCCGUUAACCCACAAUUCACCAAAUAUAAGGCCAAAUGGGAUAGCGGCGAAUUGAGCUGCGUUUCCGUUUUUCACAAAUUCGUCGUUAUUGCGUCAACCCGUGACAUGGCCCGAAAAGUCUUCAACUCGCCCGCAUAUGUCAAGCCGUGUGUCGUAGACUCUGCGCAUAAGCUCUUGGGCAAGACAAACUGGGUCUUUUUGGACGGCAAAGAACAUGUCGAGUAUCGUAAAGGUUUGAACGGCCUUUUUACUCGGUCCGCAUUGUCCAUGUAUAUGCCCCAAUUGGACGAAGUAUACGAACGAUAUUUCCACCUUUUUCUCGAAGAAUCCAAAAAGAACGAUUUUCAGCCACGCCCCUGGAUGCCAUACCUGCGCGAGCUGAUGUGUGCUCUUUCGUGCCGAACCUUCAUUGGACACUAUAUGACCGAUGCGGCCGUAAAGAAGAUUGCAGACGACUAUUAUCUGAUAACUGCGGCAUUGGAAUUGGUCAACUUCCCAAUUAUUUUACCUUUCACAAAGUCCUGGUAUGGAAAAAAAGCUGCGGAUAUGGUACUAGGAGAGUUCAGCAAAUGCGCUGCGAAAAGCAAAGUUCGCAUGGCCGCAGGUGGUGACGUUACGUGUAUCAUGGAUGCUUGGGUUAAACAGAUGAUCGACUCAGCCAGGUAUCGGGAAAAGCUCGCCCAAGGUGUUCAAGUUACCGACUCCGAUAAGCCGUCUCAUCUAUUGCGCGACUUCACCGAUUAUGAAAUUGCCCAGACUGUUUUCACUUUCUUAUUUGCUUCUCAGGACGCUACGUCCAGCGCCAGUACCUGGUUAUUCCAAAUCAUGGCAGACCGCCCGGACAUCCUUAAUAAGGUCAGGGAGGAAAAUUUGGCUGUAAGGAAUGGCGACCCUAAUGGCAAAAUCACACUUGAAAUGCUUGACCAAAUGACAUACACCCGCGCUGUUAUCAAAGAAACUCUUCGCUACCGUCCUCCAGUUAUUAUGGUCCCAUAUAUGACGAAAAAGGACUUCCCCAUCACACCAAAUUAUACCCUUCCCAAAGGCUGCAUGAUUGUUCCAUCUGUCUGGCCAGCAACGCAUGACCCAGAAGCUUACACCGACCCUGAGACGUUCGACCCCGAUCGAUGGAUCACUGGAGACGCUGAGAAGGCGUCCAAGAACUGGCUAGUAUUCGGUACUGGUGCCCAUUAUUGCCUAGGCCAAACUUACGCCCAAUUAAACCUGAUGGCGAUGGUUGGUAAGGCCAGCAUCCUGAUGGACUGGGAGCAUCAUGCUACUCCUAUUUCAGAGGAUAUCAAAGUCUUUGCCACUAUUUUCCCGCAGGAUGAUUGUCCUCUUGUUUUCCGUUCUCGUUCCUGA